ACCAGUUUCGACAUGAAACCGGACAAUACGCCUAAGCAAGACAUGUUAUACCAAUUAUUCUGACUACGGAUUCUCGUAAGAAUAAGCAUCAAGUAGCUGUUUGCUCGAUGAUAUCUAUAUCUUUUUUUCUUUUCUUCAUUUCUAUAGAGGGUAGACAAGUGUCCCGACCUUCUCAAUCUCGACAAUAUUCGAGACGCAGCUCAUUUUUGCUGCAACCCACAAAUUGCCUACCUCUCGCGACUCUUCAAUGCGCAGGAGUGUCAACUUCUUUAUUAUCGUUCGAUGUGGGAGAAAGAACCAAAGGCCUAGACAGCCAGUCCAAUCCACCCUGCUGCCGUAGAGUUGAGUGCGGUAGCAGGACUAAUGAGGACAUACACCAUUACAUCUAUUCCAAUAGUUUUGAGUACAGUUGAUUUAUAUGCUUAAUAUUGAUUAUAUAC